GCGACCUGCAGCUACCCCCGGCCAACCCACAAAGCUCACCAACAUUGACAGACAGAACAAGCAACUGUGGGCCAACAACCCUCCAAUUGACGUUUGUUCACAACAUCACCAGGUCGUAACAUCGAGCCCGACGACAAUACGACGCCGUAAUGCGUCGAAUAUCACCGCGGCCAUGAAGCGUCGAUUUGGAUUCGGAAUUGCGGACCUCGAAUGGCUGCACCCCGACAACUUUGGCAACGAGCCCAUCUGCUGCGAAGCCCUUACAAACCCGGACGAAGUCCUCUGCUACGGCUCCGACGAUGAGGCAUACGACAGCCCCGCCGAGCGCCGCAUCCGCUACGAGGCACAAGCAGAGCGUUUCCUCGAAGGGAAGCCCGUGUUCCUGCUUUCGGCCUCCUUGCGUGGACCAUUCGACAAGGCAUCCGGAUGGACGAAUCCAUGGCGAUCGAAAUCCGGCACUCGGGAAAAAUAUAAUCAGAGAAAACCGUCCUCCGCACCAAGGAGGGCAGCAGAGGAAGGAGAAUGCAAAGCCGUGCUCGACUCGAGCAAUUCUCGUCGAGAAGCUUCCGAGACCAAGCCGACAUUACCUCAGCACGUCUACACGCCUCCGCGUUAUAUGGAUGAAGACACUUUCCAUCGGGUACAGAGCUGGCGAGACAAGGUGAUUGUGGAAAGCGACCUCCCUCCGAGUUCGAUCCAACAUUCGCCGCAGCCUGAACCCACGUCGGCCGAGUCGAGGAGGGCAACCCAACACACCAAUCGGAGGCAGUCUGGCUUGACACUGGAUACCCUAGACGAUGGGGCAAGUGAACUGAUGUCGCACACCCCAAGAGUGUACAACAAUCUCGAACAAGAUCGUUCUUCGGAGACUUCAAGGCGGAAGGGGACUCGAGCAGUGGCGUGCAAACCCGGCCAGGACCUCGGUCUGAACCGUCCUAGAUCCGGCCUUCCUCCAUCUUCGACACACUUACUAGAACGGACCGACCCUCUUCCGCACGCUGCUCAGCAUGAUGAGCAGUUGGGCCGGGCAGCCAGGAGCAACCGUACCUCAGCUGGCGGCCGCGAUGCCCCAGACACGACAGCUCCGACGCCGCAGACACGGGCAACGUCCCCGACAACGGAUACACCCGCUGCCAGUGCUCCCUUGGGGGUCGGAAACGCCACUCCGAGCGGUGCUCUGCCGGAGCGAGCCGCGUCAUUUGUGCUGCCGCAAGUACAAGCGACCCCGCGAACAGACGGAAGCUUCCGUUACCGGACAAAAGACGCGCGAGGAAAGGAGUCGUCUCUGGACAGGAGUAAGUUGGCAAAUGCCUCAUCGGCACCAAAUAGUCCUGCACAAAGACAAGGCUCGGACGGUCAAACAUUUCCAAAACGCGCAACAGGAGCAGGAGGAGACCACAGCCUGCACUCUGCUGAAUCUGGGGGGGAUGUUCCUGGUAACGUGGAAACACCAAAGGGUGCAGGUGUUGUGCAGAACCGUGAAGCUGCUACGGAAGUCGCAGAACAUGGAAUCUCCGGGGAAGGACAUGAGGUUGAAGCCUCCGUUAACGUCGCUCAUCCACCACACGAAGAAGGAAACGAGGAUGGUCAAGGCCAGGCUGAAGACAAGGACUCUGCGAAAACACCCUCACAGAUUGAUGGGCCCACGCUGGUUCCGUCAGAAUCUCUCUCUGGCUCGGAAUAUGACGGCGGGCCCAGUUUUGGACACUUUUCGGCAGAGAAACAGUCGCAGGACGUGAUCUCCGAGGUUUUUGGUUCGUCCAGAAGGCUACUCUGGCCCAAGACGCAGCGAAGCACUGGAGGGGACUCUCCCCGAAUGCUUGGCAUAGGAUCACCGCGCCCUCAAGAGUCUAUGCACUCAAGACACAGUUCCGAUUGUCGCCGCUCCAUGUCGGUCAGCAGCGCUGCCCUCCCACAGGAGACCGUGUACCUACCUCAUGAGGACAAGACUGUUCACGCAGCAGCAGAGGACUGCGGAUCCUUCAUCAAAACGGAACCACACAGUAAUGGCGAGGUGGCCGCGGAUGAGGUUGAUCCUGCUGUGGGCACAGCCAAGGCCCAGGCAGAGAACGAAGUUGAUGACGAUGCCAUGAGUGUAACUGAACAGCUGCAAGCCGGGGCCCAAACUGGCUUUAGCUGCGAGAGUUCCUCGGCAAAUCACUUACAACCCACCUCCUCAUGUCCAGCACCGGAGAUCCAGAGUCCUUGGGCCAGCGAUGGCCCAGCGCCCUGUUUGAAAUCGCAGGGCUUCCAGCCGCAACAUGAGGGGGGUAAUAAAGCGGCAGAUAUCCGGGUGACUCCGCCGAGGACCGUUCAGAGCCCGUGGUGUAAGACAGAGGAUGUUGUGCCUGGUGCCCUAGACAUCCCCGCUCCCCCGCCUCACUUGGACCUCGCAAACACAAGGCUUUCUUCUAUCGCCAGCCAGGCGCUGGAACAAGCAGUCUCGCAAAGCCCUUGGGUACGGGGCGACUCGCAGAUGCAGCUGCCGGAGGUCCGGCUGUUCAACCCCUUGUCAUCUCCCGCCAGCAGUCAUGUAUCACCACCCGCAGAUCCUCUCCAGGACUCCGUUAUACCCUAUAACAUCAACAACGACGACGCCGACAUGUGCAGCCCUCCACCGUACCCUCCUCAACCGUCGACUCCUGAGACAAAGCAGUCCGGCCUUCCAAGUCCCGACUUCACCCUCUCGGUGAAAUCCUUCAGGGACUUCAUGACCCCUUCCCCUGCCAAACGACGCCGCAUCUCCGCUGUCACAAACGAAGAACAUCUACCAAGUACCCAAGCCCUUGUCGAGGCAGCCAUAUCUAACCCUUGGACCAGAGAAUCAACCGCAAAAGCGAAGCAGCCAAACUUCAAGCCAAGACGCUCGCAGAAGCAGCAGCAACAAGCCCGGCCACCAAAGCGCGUCUCCUGGGCGCCCCUCCCAGGCGAAUCCACCCCUGACGAUGCGAACAUGACAUCCUCCUCCCCACACGGUGCGGGCCAGCCCCUUCACACGCAAGAGCCCUCAACACCACGCUCGCCCUCCCUAGGGAAAGGGAGAACAAAGGACGGUUUGGCCCGCCCCUUCCGCGCAACCUCUCCGCCGCCAAGCAUCCUCUCCACAUCUGCCCUGCCUACGGCAAGCCAGAAGUUUGGAAAACAUUUUGCCGCUGUCGCAGCGGCAAGCAGCAGGCGAGGCGACGUGGGCAUGGGUAUGGGCGUGGGCGUGAGCGUCCCGACUCCUCGAACCUCCCAGAGAACCCAGGCGUCGAGGACGGUGGAGAAGAGCCUCCUUCCGAGUGCGUCGCAGCAGGUCUGCGGCAGCCCUGCUGUGGAGGCGAUGGCGGAGGCCUUCUUGAGGGCGGAGGUCGGGAUCCAGCCGCAUGCCGGUGCUACUGCUCCUGAUGCUGCUGAUGUUACUGCUCCUUCUGCUGUUGGGCAUGUCAUGGGACGCGAAGGCGAAGGUGAGGGCGAGGGCACGGAGCCUAUUGAGAUGGACGGGGUUGUACACGGCGAAUGUGGCGAGGGAGGAGGAGAAGAAGGAGAGAUGGGUGCGUCCGGGGAUGAGGGGAAUCUCGAAGAAGAGGAAGCACCCGGGUUCGCGGACGAGGAGAGUCCUGUUGACGAAGUCAGUGCAGUGAUGGAUAACCUGGAUGAGUUCCUUGGAGGGAAUUGGGACCUGGAAGCCGAUCUUGCGAAAGUCAGGGCGGAGCAAGCACGAAACGGUCGGGAAUAUGAAGAUGGUAUGAGUCGUGGAGCGGCUGGACUGUCGGGACUUAUGGCUGUCAACGUUUGGGACUAGGGCUCAAGGCAUCACUGUGUAUCUGCUGCAUGGUCAAGGUUGAAGCGUGUAUUUUUUUUUUUUCCUUACCAUUGUCAUUCGUACUAUACCCCUAGGAGGAGCGCCACCUGUAACAAAAGAGCAGGAGCUACUGUUUCUGUUGAA